AUGGUGCGGCCGACAUGGGAAAGUCCUCAGCGAGAACACAUGGCCAAGUGUGGCUCGCCGGUGGAGUAUCGGCCCCGCGACGGGCCGGAGCGCGCGUGUCGCACCGUGGCGGAGCGGGCUCGCGGGCUGGGCGGGGCGCGGCAUGGCGCGGUGGUAGCCCGCUGCGACGCCGUGGAGCUGGAGGUGCUGGGCGCGGGCGGCGCGGAGGAGCGCGUGCCGGCGCGGCCGCUGCGCCGCUCCCUGCUGGGCCUGCUCGGCAAGCUCGUGGGGCGCGACCAGCCGGCGCCGCGCGCGCGGCCCCGCCACAACCACCGGUUCCGCACCUUCGUCUCGUGCGACAACGAGCGAAGAAUCAAAGCGAACAACAGGGAGUACAAUGCGCAGUUUCGCUACGCAAACAACUACAUCAAGACGUCGAAGUAUUCGAUAAUAACGUUCCUGCCAUUGAAUCUGCUGGAGCAGUUCCAACGGCUCGCGAACUUCUACUUCCUCUGUUUGCUGGUGCUGCAGCUGAUCCCCGCGAUAUCUUCGCUGACUCCCAUCACCACGGCGAUCCCCCUGAUCGGGGUGCUCGCACUCACAGCCGUCAAAGACGCCUACGACGACUUUCAACGCCAUCAAAACGACUCGCAAGUCAACCACCGCAGGGCCAAAACCCUCCGCAAUGGCAAGCUGGUGGAGGAGAAAUGGGCGUCCGUCCAAGUGGGUGACGUCAUUCGGCUCGAGAACGACCAGUUCGUCGCCGCGGACAUCCUGCUGCUCAGCAGCUCGGAGCCCAACGGGCUCUGUUACAUCGAGACCGCCGAGUUGGACGGGGAGACGAAUCUAAAGUGUCGCCAGUGCCUUUUGGAGACGGCGGCGAUGGGCCAGGACGACGCGCAACUGGGCGCCUUCGACGGCGAGAUCGUUUGUGAGACGCCCAACAAUCUACUAAAUAAGUUUGAUGGCACUCUGAGCUGGCGCGAGCAGCACUUCUCCCUGGACAACGACAAGAUCCUCUUGCGCGGCUGCGUGCUGAGGAACACGUCGUGGUGCUACGGCGUGGUGGUGUUCGCCGGGAAGGACACCAAGCUCAUGCAGAACUCCGGCAAGACCAAGUUCAAGCGCACCAGCAUCGACAGGCUGCUUAAUUUCCUCAUAAUAGGGAUAGUGUUCUUCCUGCUGUCGAUGUGCGUCUUCUGCACGGUGGCGUGCGGCGUCUGGGAGUGGCUGGUGGGGCGCUACUUCCAGGUGUACCUGCCCUGGGACACGCUGGUGCCCGCCGAGCCCGCCUCUGGCGCUGUGGUCAUCGCCUUCCUCGUGUUCUUCUCCUACGCGAUCGUCAUGAACACCGUCGUGCCGAUAUCGCUCUACGUCUCCGUCGAGGUCAUCAGGUUCGCGCAGAGUUUCCUCAUAAACUGGGACGAGAAAAUGUACUACGAGAAGACCGGCACGGCGGCCAAAGCAAGGACCACGACCCUAAACGAGGAGCUCGGUCAGAUCCAGUACAUAUUCUCGGACAAGACGGGCACCUUGACGCAGAACAUUAUGACCUUCAACAAGUGCUCGAUCGCGGGCGUCUGCUACGGCGACGUGGUCGACGAGAGCACCGGCGAGGCCGUCGAGCUCACAGAGCGGGCGGCGAGGGGAGCGCGGGGUGCGAGGGGUGGUCGGGAGGCGCGCGAGGUGCCGCGCGCUCGCCUGCUGGAGCUGGAGCACGAGCAGGGGCGCAGCACUCCGGGCGCGCGACGGCCCGCGCCCCCGGCCCGCGACACGGCACACAACACGGAGCCGCUGGACUUCUCGUUCAAUCCGGAGUACGAGCCCGAGUUCAAGUUCUUCGACUCUACGCUGCUGGAGGCGGUGCGGCGCGGCGACCAGCACGUGCACGACUUCUUCCGCCUCCUCGCCCUCUGUCACACCGUGAUGCCGGAGCAGAAGAACGGCCGGCUCGAGUACCAGGCCCAGUCGCCGGACGAGGCGGCGCUGGUGUCGGCCGCGAGGAACUUCGGCUUUGUGUUCAGAGAACGAUCGCCUAAUAGUAUUACGAUAGAAGUAAUGGGUAAAACAGAGGUGUAUGAGCUGUUGUGUAUAUUAGAUUUUAAUAAUGUUAGGAAAAGAAUGUCAGUGAUAUUAAGGAAGGACGGUGAAAUUAGAUUAUACACUAAGGGUGCUGAUAAUGUAAUAUACGACAGAUUAAAAAGUGCCUGUCAGCAGGAGGUGAGGUCCAAGACGCAGGAGCAUUUAAAUAAAUUCGCGGGCGAGGGCCUGCGCACGCUGGCGCUGGCGUGGCGGCCGCUUGAAGAGCGCGGCUUCGCUGAGUGGAAGAGGCGCCACCAGGCGGCCGCACUGGCGCUACACGACCGCGACGAGCGGCUCGACGCCAUCUACGAGGAGAUCGAGACCGACCUGCUGCUCAUGGGUGUGACUGCCAUUGAGGACAAAUUACAAGACGGUGUUCCGGAAACCAUAGCGAACCUCAGCAUGGCCGGAAUGAAGAUAUGGGUCUUGACAGGAGACAAGCAAGAGACCGCCAUCAACAUCGGCUACUCGUGCCAACUGCUCACCGACGACAUGGCCGAGGUGUUCAUCAUCGACGGCGUCUCCCACGACGAUGUGGACCGGCAGCUCGCCAAGUGCAGGGACUCGAUACGGGUCGUCAACACGUUUCUGCCGCACGGCUCGUCGGAGGCGAAGGGCUCUGCGGCGAACGGCGGCGCGGCGGCGGGGCGCCCCUCGCCCGGGCGCGCCGCCAACGUGAAGCUGAACGCGCCCGCCGUCUCCGUAGUGACAUUUAGGUGGGAACAUAACUCACUACCGCCCCACAGCAACGAGUACAGCGCGGGCGGCGCGUGCGCUGCGGAGCCGCACGAGCACGCGGCCGACGACGCGAACGGGUUCGCGAUCGUGGUGAACGGCCACUCGCUGGUGCACUGCCUGCACCCGAAGCUGGAGGAGAGAUUCCUGGACGUGGUGCUACAAUGCCGCUCGGUGAUUUGCUGCCGAGUGACGCCGCUGCAGAAGGCGAUGGUGGUGGAACUGAUCAAGAAGAGCCGGAAGGCGGUCACCCUGGCAAUAGGCGACGGCGCCAACGACGUCUCGAUGAUCAAAGCGGCGCACAUCGGCGUGGGCAUAUCCGGCCAGGAGGGGAUGCAAGCGGUGCUCGCGUCGGACUACUCGAUUGCGCAGUUCCGCUUCCUGCAGCGCUUGCUGCUCGUGCACGGCCGCUGGUCCUACUACAGGAUGUGCAAGUUCCUGCGCUACUUCUUCUACAAGAACUUCGCCUUCACCGUGUGCCACUUCUGGUUCGCCUUCUUCUGCGGCUUCAGCGCCCAGACGGUGUUCGACGAGAUGUUCAUAUCGGUGUACAACCUGUUCUACACCUCGCUGCCGGUGCUCGCGCUGGGCGUGUUCGAGCAGGACGUAUCUGACGCCACCUCGCUGCAGUUCCCCAAGCUGUACGCGCCGGGCCACACGAGCCGGCUCUUCAACAAGACGGAGUUCAUAAAGUCCACGCUGCACGGCUGCUUCACGUCGCUCGUGCUGUUCCUCAUACCGUACGGUACUUACAAGGACGGUUUGGCGCCCGACGGCAAGAUUUUAUCGGAUCACAUGUUGUUGGGAAGUGUCGUCGCCACCAUAUUAAUCAUUGACAACACGACACAGAUCGCACUCGACACGACGUAUUGGACGGCGUUCAACCACAUCACGAUAUGGGGCUCGCUCGUUUCCUACUUCGUGCUCGACUACUUCUACAACUACGUGAUCGGUGGGCCCUACGUCGGCUCGCUGACGGUGGCACUCACGCAGGCCACCUUCUGGUUCACUGCCGUGCUCACUAUGAUAAUCCUGAUGGUGCCGGUGGUGUCGUGGCGGCUGGCGAGCUCGUGGGCGCGGCCCACGCUGGCGGAGCGGCUGCGCGCGCGGCAGCGGUGGCGCGCCGCGGCGCCUGCGCCCCGCACGCCGUCCGCGCGCCGCGCGCGCCGCUCCGUGCGCUCGGGCUACGCGUUCGCGCACCAGGAGGGCUUCGGCCGGCUCAUCACCUCGGGCAAGAUCAUGCGCCGCAUCCCGCACGCGGACGCCGCCCUCUCGGCGCUCGCCUCGCUGCCGGGCAAGUUCCACCCGCGGCCCCCCACGCCGCCCGCCUCGCCCCCGUCGCCCCCCUCGCCCCCGUCGCCCCCGUCGCCCCGCGCCCCCAAGCAGGACCUCGACUCGGUCGACUUA